AUGGAUUUGUCAACUUCAUUGUCAUCAGAAAACAAUUUUAAUAAUAAAAAUUUCUCCCCAAUUUCUUCGCCUGAUUUGCGCCGUCAAUUUUCUUCAUUAUUUUGGACCCCACAACAAGCUAAGAGAAUUGCUGAAAGAGAAAAUUCUAAAAACAUUCCUGCUGUUUUUAUUCAACAACAACAGAAUAAUAGAGAAUUUAUUGAAGAUGCUAAUCAUUACGCUAAUUCAUCAAAAGAAAUUAAUAAUUAUAAUUCUUUAUCUCGACCUUCAAAUAAUCAUACAACAACAAAUUCGUCUGGUUUUGGUAAUGGUUCAACAGUAACAUUUUAUUCAAUACCAAUAUCUCAAAAAGAGCAAGAAAUUGAAAAUAAAAGUCUUCUUAAAAAUCAAAAAGAAAAAAAUGGAAAAUUAGAAUUAUCAAAUAAUAAUUUAAAUAAACAACAGCAACAACAAAAUGUUCAUUAUUCUGCUAUACCUUUUCGUAGAAGAAUUGGUGGAUUAUUGGGAAGUAUGAGUGCAAUUUCUACACCUUCACUAUUUCAUCAAAGAGAGGAUGAAGAAGAUAAAAAACCAAAAUCUCAUUAUCAAAAUAUCGAUUUCAACUCUGACAAAAAUAAAUUAAUGAAAGAACAACAACAAUUUAGCCGUCCAUCCAAUCUUUCAAAUAAUAAAUUAAACAAUACUGGAGCAAUUACAACAUCACAAACAACUUUUCCAACAAAUUCAAACAAAACAAAUGAAACAAAACAUCAACAAACUAAUUACAACAACAGUAGCAGCAAUUUUCCUUUACAACAUUUGUUCAGACGUAACCAAACAAGUGAAAAACAAGCAUUUUCUACUCCAAACACCGCUAAUAUAAAUUUCAACAACAACAACAAUUCAGCCCAACAACAAAUUCGAAAUAGAAGUGUUGAAGCAACAGAUUUAUCUUCAAGAAAUGGAUUAAAUAAAACACUUCCUUUACUUCCUCGUCGUGAUUCUGAACCUUCAAUUAUUUUAUUUGCUGCAGCUGAAUCCUCACCACAACAACAAUUUUCUGAGCAAAAAGAAAAGCAACAAAUUUCUUCUUCUAUUCAAUUACCAAAUAAGAUUAUGAAGCAAGAAAAUCGAGAAGAAAAUGACAAAACAACAAAAAUAGUUUCAGAAGAUUCUUCCAGUCUUUUAUCAACUACCCAAUCAUUAGAAUCGUCUUCUUCUUGUUCUGCUUCAAUUUCUGCCUCUCCAUUAGCUUCAUCUUCCUCAAAUAUAUCAACAACAAAAAAUAAUAUUAAUAAUUUACCUCAAUCACGUCAGCGUAUAAAAUCUCCAAGUCUUGCAGCAUUAAGACAAUCACUUUUGCGUUAUCGACCUUUACGGAAAAAUAGUACAAGUAGUAAUAAUAGUGGAAACAAUAAUAAUGAAGAAAAUGUUUCAGCAAAAACAAAAGGCAAAUUACAAGAAACAACUUCAUUAACAUCAACAGACACUUUAUCAAAUUCUUCUGAUUCAAACGAACAUUCAAAACAACAAAAAAACUUUAUGUCACGCUCAAUGUUUUUAACUCCAUCAAAACUUUGUUUAACAAAAUUUGCAACAAAUAAUCAAAAUAAAAAUUCUGAAAAUAAUGAGAGUAGCGAGAAGAUGGAUGCCGUUGAAGAAGCAAUACGCAGUUUGGAACAAUUUGAUCCAAAUGAAUUUGUUCAUUAUCAAUAUCAACAAGAUGCUGAAAAUAAUAAUAAAAAUAAUAAUUUUGCUCAAAACCAACCACAACAACAAAUAAUAGCAAUUCAGUCAACUACACCACAACCUAAAUUAUAUAUUGCUAAAACAGAACAACCUAUUUAUUUAAGUCAGCCAUAUUGUUGUUCUGUUACGGCGUCUCCUAUUGUUUUUGAGCAACCCAGCCAUCUAUCUUCUCUUUCUUCCUUACCUUCUGCCAUCGAAGAUCAACAAUUUAAUAAUAAUAAAAAACUUCUACCCCCUUCACUUCCAUCAAUAUUGCAUAGAGGUACCUCUACAAAUACCGCAUUUUCUUCAUCUUCUGGAUCUGCAACACCAACACAAACUGCUACAAAUUUUGUUUUGGAUGGGCCAUCAUCUUCCUCAUUUAACUUUUCAAUGGAUGAUAAUCAAAAUAACAACCAAUUUUGCAUUAAUAAUCCGCCUACAAAUACUACAAACACUCCUAGAGCUAAUUCUCCAACUAUUGAGGAAAACGAUGAGGCAAAUGAGGAACAAAAUAAAGUUAUUUCUGAGGCACCACCCAGAAGAGGUGUCACAUUCAAUGAUAAUCUUGUACAGCAUUUUUAUGCUCCAUUUGAUGGUCCUCCUCCUGACUACAGUGAAAGUGGAGGUGAUAGUAAUGAUGAUUUGGAUGAUGAUAUUUACAAUGCUGAAGAGCUACCAGACGAUGAAAUAGAUGCUUUAGAUAGCGUGACAGAUAGCGAAGAAUUCUAUAUAAAUAAUAAAAUUGUGCCAAAUUCAUCAUCUUCUUCUGCUGCUUUAGAGGCAAAAGCACAACUUCGUAAAAGAUUUCUUUGUUCUCAAUUAAAUGAUUGUGCAAAAGUAAUUGAAAUUGGUGCUUUAAAAAUGGGACAAUUUGUGAAUGUUAGCUUAGAAAUUGGUGGAUGGAGGCAACCACAUAUUCUUCGACACAAUUUGGAUUAUUUUUACAGUUACACUGUUGAAAUUGCUCUUGACGAGUUAGUUGAAACAUUGGGACGAAUUUCUCUACAUAGGAGAGACCCUCGACAAGAACAUUUGAGGCUAUUAUUCCAACCUUGUGAAUAUUCUUUAACUUUGUUGAGACGAUUGCGUUCUUCUCUUGAUUCUACCGGUUGGCUACUUUCAACAUUAGCACGCCCUCGUGGUAAUAUUGUUGGACAUGAUGCUCUCGAUCAAGUUGUGGCACUUCUUCCUCAACUUCCCAGAGACUGUGCCAAACUUGUCCAAUGGGUUUCCUCUCUCUCUGCUUGGUCAGAUCCGCAACGUCCAGGGCAACUUCCAGCAGUUGUUUUCUUACCUUCUUCAAAUACUUCUAAACCUCAAAGGCAACAAAAUAGCAAUGACGGUUUAUUUCCCCUUCCGCAUUUUCCACUUUAUCGUCAACCUUCUCCAACCUCUUCACUUCAAAAUUUUUAUUAUUCAUCAUCUGGCGGAGAGGAAGAGAUGAGAGAGAAGAAUUCAAAAGGAUUGGCUGAUAUAAUGGAUGGAGGUGAAUCAACAAGUAGUACAACAAGCUCAGUCCAAACAACACUUGAACAAACAACUCCACAAAAACAAUUAAAACAACAGCAACAACCAGAACAAAUAUUAAAUGAGAGAGAUAAUAAUAUUGAAAAUACUGAUUUGGUACUAGAAGAAGAUGAUUUAGCUAGUGUAUUAAGUGUUGAUUCCAAUACAACAACUGAAGGUGGACAACAACAUCAAUUAUCACCACCGAAUCGACAUUUAUAUAAUACUGGAGUAUUAUCCUCAAAACUUGGUAUUUGUCGAGUUAAUGCCGAAUUGGCUCGUUCUUUGGCACCUGAACAAAGAGAUUUAUUUAGAAUAUGGGAACCACAAGUAGAAACGCAUAUUGAUACAAUCUGUUCGAUUAUUGAACAAUUUUUUGUUUUACUCGAAGAAAAUAAAGAACCAACACCUGCAGGUUUUCAAAAAAUUCAAAUGGUAUAUAUUGAAGGCCAUUCUUUGGUUGGAAUUGGACGUGUAAUAUGUCGAGACGAUGUUGUUUUAAAACACCGACCGCUAAAUGCAUUUAUAGAACAUGAGUGCGCAAAGUUGGACUUGCUGUUAAAUGAAUGUUUGUCUAAUGCAAAAGUUGCUAAAAGUCACACGCAAUCCAACAAUCAAAACAACAACAAAAACAACCAGUCAUCUCAACAAACUGUACCAGCUAUUCGGAGUAUGUGUAAAGCAGUUGUUUCAGUAUCAGAAUCUGUUGGACAUUUACGAUUAUUUUGGAGAGCAUGUUGUGGAUAA